GUUAUUGGAAGCGGUAUGGUUAAAGUUAAACACUACUAUUACUUAGGGGGCCACAAUUCCUUUUAAAAUAGACAAAACAAAAGACACCAGGUUCCGUCACAUAAAAACUUCAUUUCGUUACGGUUGGGAUCUAACUACAAGCGUUCCACACAAAACGCUUACCGUGGAAUGAAAUCGAAGGAAUACAGCACCCUCUAUUUUAUUAUCCUCUAUAAAGAAGUCUAUUUGGAACUGAGUGGCAUAGGAUGGACUUAUAAUUCAACACCAAAUAUCUCGAUAUUUAUCAGCUGGGUACCAGUGCGAUUUAUUAAUAAGAAAUAUAUAAAGACAUGUUAAACAGAUUAACAAGCUUGUUUGUGCAAAGUUUAUUUAUUCAGCCAAGAACUAUCAAUCAUUUUGCUGGAUUGCAUACAACAUCAAUUACUAUGGCAGAACCUUUAAAAAAGAAGAAAAGAGUUGGUGUAGCUGAUACCCAAAUUCAAAUAAGUAGAAAAGUUAGAAGAAUUGAAAAAGAAAUCAAACGUCUUAAUCGUCUCGAUCGAACAUUGAAACCAAUUGAAGAUAUUGAAGGAGAUCGUCAAUUGAAGAAAGAAAUAAAAUUACGUCAACGACCACCAAUAGACAUUAGUGAAACGGAAUUAGAUGAACGAAUAGGUAUUUGGAAGAAUUGGACACGUUAUCAAAAAAAUGUAGCAAAACGUGAAAUAAUCAUGUAUAAUUCAGCAAUUGCUGCUCAACAGAAUGCUUUAAAAUGGUUAUACGAAACAUCUCCUAGUUUGUAUAAAAUGGCUAUUCAGCCUUGUCCUGAACUAAUUCAAUCAUCAGAAUCAUCGAAUGAUGAUCACUCAGGGGUAACAAAAGAAAAUGAAGGGAAUUAUUUAACAAUAGUAGGUCCAUAUAUGAAUGCACCAAAACUACACGGGGAAUUGAUUGACUCCACUAAAGAAUAUGAACCUCCAGAUGGUGAACAAAUUGAUACAACAGUUCGAUUAACUUAUGAAUUUGAAAUUGAACAACAAUUAUUAGCUCAACCAAAGAAGAAAAAGUUUAUGGUCACAAAAAAAUGAAAUGUUCAGUAGUUGUUUAUAUUGUAAAAACAAACAAACAAACAUUGAUAAAUACAAAUUAUGAUGACU